AUGGUUCAGCAGAUGAAGAUCGGGGACCCGGCGGCGGCUCCGCGGGAGAAGCAGCGAGGCUGGCGCAGCGCCGAGGUCGCGGCCCUGGGGGCCCGCAGUCUGCACCCAAGAAUCCGCGAGCGCUUCGCUGAGCGCCCCGCCUCCGAGCGGGACACCUGCAGCGCGAGUCUGGAGCGGAACUGGGAGGUGGAAGAUUCCCUUGCACUUCCGUCUGUCUUCCCCCACACAGUGAGUCGGACUGAGCGCAGCCACUGUCCAACCCAGACGGUGAAGAAACUCUUGGAAGAACAGAGGCGCCGUCAGCAGCAACCUGAGGCUGGUGGGGUACCGGGACACUUCUCCCCUCCCCUGGCCCAGCCACUGACCCCAUCUGUGAAGGAGGCAGAGGCAGGCCAUACUCACUUCCCGACCUUCGAAGAGACCGUGGAUUCAGGACCUGGCAACCUGGCUCCUCCUCCCUCAGGCUUUCCAGACUGGGACCCUAGCACCCAUGCUGCCUACACAGACAGCUCUUGCCCGUACUCUGCUGCCGAAGGCUUCCUGACUCCUGACUUCUACCCACCGUCAGACCCGGGGCGCUCAGGCCCAUUUCCUCUGGGGAUGGAGGACUCUCUGGAUACCCGGCUGUAUCCAGAACCUUCCCUGUCACAGGUAGGACCCUGGAGAGUCUCUAGUGUCCCCUCAGGAUCACCACAGCUGUCUCCAUCCACCGGACCCUCCCUGGAGACAGCCCGAGCUCACAUACUGGCUUUGGGGCCACAACAGCUGCUGGCCCAGGAUGAGGAAGGAGACACGCUCUUGCACCUGUUUGCUGCUCGGGGACUGCGCUGGGCAGCAUAUGCUGCGGCAGAGGUGUUACAGAUGUACCGACAGCUGGAUAUUCGUGAGCAUAAAGGCAAGACGCCGCUCCUGGUGGCAGCUGCUGCCAACCAGCCCCUGAUUGUGGAGGACCUGCUGAGCCUGGGAGCAGAGGCGAACGCUACUGACCAUCAAGGCCGUUCUGUCUUGCAUGUGGCUGCCACCUACGGGCUCCCAGGAGUUCUUUCGGCUGUGUUUAAAUCGGGCAUUCCAGUGGACCUGGAAGCCAGAGACUUCGAAGGCCUCACCCCCCUCCACACGGCCACCCUCGCUCUCAAUGCUGCUAUGCCCCUACCUAGCGUCUGUCCGAGGAUGCUGAGUCCCCAAGCCCGAGACAGACUGGCUUGUGUGCAGAUGUUGCUGCAAAUGGGUGCCAGUCAUACCAGCCAGGAGAUCAAGAGCAACAAGACCAUUCUGCACUUGGCUGUACAGGCUGCCAACCCUACCCUGGUUCAAUUGCUCCUGGGGCUGCCAAGGGGGGACCUGCGGGCCUUUGUCAACAUGAAGGCCCAUGGGAACACAGCCCUCCACAUGGCAGCUGCCCUGCCCCCUGGACCACCCCAGGAGGCCAUCGUGAGGCAUUUGCUGGCCGCUGGAGCAGACCCCACACUGCGCAACCUGGAAAAUGAGCAGCCCGUUCACUUGUUGCGACCUGGGCCGGGCCCUGAGGGGCUCCGGCAGCUGUUGAAGAGGAGCCGUGCGGCACCCCCAGGCUUGUCCUCUUAGGACUGAAACCCAGAACCUGGACUGAUUUUUCCAGUCCCCACCGUCCCGUGGGACAGUCAGCGUAUGCUCAUGUCGCAAAUUCGUGAUAAUAUAUGUGGAAUAUCCUGCCAUUAGGGUCUUACAUUAAAACCCCGAAGUGGCACUGGGAGAGGUGAGCAGUCCCCAAUAUUUGGGGUCAUGUGAUCCCUCCUCCCCUACAAGGGGCUAUCUAGAUGAUUUCUGUGAAAUCGAGCCCACUUGUCUGUUUCUGUGAAACACCCUAGAAAUCUUACCUCCCUCCUACUUGGAUCAGACAGUACCACCUCCAUGGACUCCAACUUAAACCCCUAGAAGUUCCAGUGGAGCCUCUGUGGGGUUUGAGGCAUUCCGGGACCACCCCAUCAGGGCUCCUUCCGAGGAUCCGCACCCCUGAGAUGUCAGUCCCCCUGAGAUUAGUAUGCCCCGAGUCCUGGCUGCAUUAUCAUUUAGCACUCAAUGCCCCGGCCCCCAGCCUUCCCAGUGAACUGU